AGCUGUAAAAGCUCAGUGCUUGUGCUGUUGUGCAGACGGGGAAAACAACAACGUUCCAGUUCAAUCAUUAAUGACACUGCAGAAACGGAUGUUGGCAAGAGACCAAUAGCUAGGCUUAUGACAGUACAUUUACAUUGCAGCAGACAGAUGUGUCAGGUUGCCUUCCAGGUAAUUCAAACAGCAACAACUUAAUAUUACAAUUUAAACAUCAGUUGACAAUAUUCUAGAUUUACAGCUUCAAACUGUGAGACACGUACCUGGAAUUUGCCAUGCUCUACUGGUGAGCCACAGACAAAGUUGUCACCAUUGUAAACAUCGACAAAAUCAGAUCAUCUCAUAAGACAAGGAAUAGGCUUUGUUAACUACAAAAUAGUAGGAUAUAUAAUCUAUAAUAUAAUAAAGAGUAGAAUGUCUUCUUGUUAGAAUCUAUAGGAAGAGCACAGAGUUCCCAUAUGAAAAUGUCCACCAUUUAGUGUUUCAUUGCUAACUCCAAUAUUUCAUUUCCUUUUCCUUUGUUCCCUUACCUGGAAAAUUCCCAUGCUCUGCAACUAUGGCUUCUUAUACUCUCCUGCCUUUGCUGUUAAUUCUACUGAUGGAAGUGGUCGCCUCUGCUAGCAACGAGACAGGCAUACACCCUUUUGUUUGCAAUGAAGAUGUCAAGAAGUGUAAUGCCUCACUGUACCAUAUUAAUAAAGGUCUGCAGAUGAAACAAGUUGCUUUUCUUUACUCUGUCAAUUCCACCCAGAUCAGUCCCAUUCUGCGCGAAAACAUACAAGAUUAUCUAGUAACAGUACCUUGCUCUUGUAAAACUGUCAAUGGCACCAGAGGAUACUUCUAUGAUGCGUCCUACAAAGUGCUCAAGGACGACACUUUUCUGAAUGUUUCAAAGCAGAAUUACAGUGGACAAGCUUGGGAGGUUGAAGAUGAAGAAGACAUAUUUAAGACAGGAAAUGAAGUUCCCAUGCAUCUGUUGUGUGGCUGUGUAGAAAAUGAUUCCCAAGUCGUGGUAACGUAUACUGUUCAAAACCAAGACACGCUAUCAGGUAUUGCUAGUAGGCUUUCAUCUACUAUAAGUGCCAUACUGAGCAUGAAUGGAUUUCUAAAUGGAGACCCAAGCUUCAUUCAAGAGGAUUGGGUGCUGUAUAUUCCCAAAGAGAUGGACGGUAUUCCAGCCCCACCUCCACUCCCGUCCUCAGACACAGCAUCAAGAAAGAGACAGAAUUGGACAAUAAUCAUCGGCAUACUAUCAGCUACAACAUUACUUCUAAUGACCACAUUGAUAAUUAUAUUUCUCAGAAGAAAAGGAUCUCAUCAGAACAGUUCUAAAGAUCCAAAAACAGUAUCCACAAGCAUGAGUACUACCAGGUCCAGAGGACUUUCCUUGCACAUUUUGAAUAUGGAAAUAAAAGAAGAUGGAACAGCUCUGGAAUCAGAUAAACCAGUCAUAUACACUGCAGAAGAGAUUGAAGAAGCCACAAAUAACUUUGAUGAAACUAGAAAAAUUGGAGCAGGUGGAUACGGAAGUGUGUACUUUGGAGUAAUGGGAGAACAGGAGGUUGCAAUAAAGAAGAUGAAAUCUAACAAAUCCAGAGAGUUCUUUGCAGAGGUUAAAGUUCUAUGUAAAGUCCAUCACAUAAAUGUUGUGGAACUAUUAGGUUAUGCCAGUGGCGAUGACCACCUUUACUUGGUUUAUGAAUACAUUCGAAAUGGAUCUCUUAGUGAUCAUCUUCACGAUCCCUUGCUAAAAGGUUACCAGCCCCUCUCUUGGGUAGCAAGAACACAGAUAGCACUAGAUGCUGCAAAGGGAAUUGAAUAUAUUCAUGAUCACACAAAAAAGCGCUAUGUGCACCGAGAUAUAAAGAGUACUAACAUUCUACUUGAUGAGGGACUACGAGCAAAGGUUGCAGACUUUGGAUUGGCAAAGCUCGUUGAGCGAACCAGUGAUGAAGAUUUAAUAGCAACUAGACUGGUUGGAACACCAGGCUAUCUUCCCCCAGAAUCCGUGAAGGAGCUGCAGGUGACCACCAAAACUGAUGUAUUUGCAUUUGGAGUGGUUCUGGCAGAGCUGAUAACAGGCCAGCGUGCACUUGUUCGGGACAACUGGGAGCCCAACAAGAUGAGAUCUCUAAUUACAGUAGUUUACAAAAUUUUUGAAGAUGAAGAUCCAGAGAGUGCCUUAGAAAGUGCAGUAGACAGAAAUCUCCGGGGUAGCUUCCCCAUGGAUGAUGUCUACAAGAUGGCAGAAAUUGCAGAAUGGUGUUUGAGCGAAGACCCAAUCAAUAGACCAGAAAUACGAGAUAUUCUUCCAAUGCUAUCUAAUAUCAUGACAUCCUCAGUAGAAUGGGAAGCAUCACUGGGAGGGAACAGCCCAGUUUUUAGUGGGAUCUAUAAUGGAAGAUGAGAAUCACAAAUUCAAAAGCUGCAUUUGAGGGUGUAAAAUGUUUCUGUCAGCUAUAGUUACAAAUCCAAACUAGCCUGCUUUUUUAUUCAGGAAAAUUCGUAUACAACACUUGACAAGAGUGACUGUACAAA